AAUAGCAAAUGAAGAUGACCGUUGUCUAUUUGUAGAAGUGUCCUCCGCAGCCGGUGUGCUUGCAUGUGACGGUCACGUCGUGUUUCACGGAAAAAAUUAUAUACUAUGAUGGUCAUUAAACGUUUUAAUAACUUAAUACAAUUGUGUUAUGUUUUUAUUUUGAUAUUAUUUUGUUAUGUUUUUAUUUUGAUAUUAUUUUAUGUAUUUGUGUAGAAUCAACUUUCAUGAUAUAAUUUAUUGUUUUAUGGACUGCGGUCCAUAUAUUCGAUUAAAUGUCACAGUGAGAAGGACUGCAGCUAUUGAUCUGUGAUAGAAGAUUAGAAUUGAAACUACACAAGAAAUUCUCGUCAAUUCUUUUACUCCAUUGUUUUCGGCUAGCAUUCUCAUUAAAACUCUCCUGCACCAGAAAAAAAUUCGCAACUUUUCUCCAAGUUUGUGCAUUUGGUUUAAUGGGAACAGGACAUUUUUUUUAUUUUCCCAUCUCGUCAAUUCUAUUCCCUUCCCGUCGACAUCAUUUGAGAAAAUUCAAAAUCUGCUUCUUUUUCGGUUAUUCCACAAAAAACCACUGUUUACUUGUCAAAAGUCUGAGCUAGCUUCGGAAAUCCACGGCUGGAGUCUUUUCUUAACUAAAAAUAUGACCAACCACCCCGUACAAGCUUCAUUUCAAUGAAGAGAGAAGACUACAGAGCCACUAUGGAUUUUCAAAAGUUGUUCCUGCAAUUUUUGCUUCUAAUCUUUCAUUUCACAUUUUCUUCAUCCAAAGAUACCUUAGCCAUUAACCAAACCAUUCAAGAUGGCCAUGGCCACAUUCUAAUCUCCAGAGAAAAUAAUUUUGCAUUAGGAUUUUUUAGCCCUGGAAGUUCCAGGUAUAGAUAUCUGGGAAUCUGGUACCACAAAGUGAGAGAGAAAACUGUGAUUUGGGUUGCAAAUAGGAACCAUCCAAUCAACGGUUCUUCAGGAGUUCUUUCCAUUAAUCAAUACGGAAAUCUCAUUCUCUAUAGCAAUCAUAACCAGACUGUUCCUGUAUGGUCUACAAAUGUCUCAGUGGAAGUAGCAGAUACUAGUGUAGCUCAGCUUUUAGAUUCAGGAAACUUGAUUUUGGUUGAAGAUAGAAAUAAAAUUGUGUGGCAAAGCUUUGAUUAUCCGACAGAUACUUUGCUACCUGGGAUGAAAGUUGGGAUGAAUCAGAAGACAAGUCAUCACUUCUCUUUAGAAUCAUGGAAAUCUGCAGAUGACCCUAGAAUUGGAGACUACAAGCUUAAGCUCAAUCCAGCUGGAUCACCACAACUAUUUCUUUACAGCGAUAUAAAAUAUUAUUGGCGAAGUAUCCCAUGGCCAUUGAAAAGUUAUGCAGGGGUGUGGAACUACAGUUUUAUCAACAACGAAGAUGAGAUAUACAUGAACUACGUUAUUGCUGAUGCUUCUGUUAUCUUAAGAAUAGUGUUGGACUCUGCAGGAUUUCUUAAGCAUCUGGUGUGGCAUGAAAGUGCUGGCAAAUGGAAGGAAUGCUUGUCUGAACCGAUUAAUAGGUGUGAUGUUUAUGGACACUGUGGUGCCUAUGGCAAAUGUAAUUCUGAACAUAUUAAUCGAGACUUUGAAUGUGCUUGUUUACCUGGGUAUGAACCUAAGUCCCCGAGGGACUGGCAUAUUCUGCGAGAUGGGUCAAGUGGAUGUGUUAGGAAGCGGCUAGACUCUUCUCCAGUAUGUGGGCUUGGGGAAGGGUUUAUCAAAGUGCCAUAUGUUAAGAUUCCUGAUACUUCAGCAGCAGCUUGGGUGGCCCUGAACAUGGCUCCUACGGACUGUGAACAGGAAUGUAGAAGGAAUUGUUCAUGCUCCGCAUAUGCAAACAUAGAUAUUGCUGGGAAAGGAACUGGUUGUUUAGCAUGGUAUGGUGAACUAAUGGAUACUGUAGAUAACGAGGAUGCAGGAUAUGAUAUUUAUGUUCGUGUUGAUGCACUUGAACUAGCUGAAAUUGCGCGACAAUCGAAUGGUUAUCUUGAAACGAAGGGCAUGUUGGCCAUUUUAGUAGUAUCGGUUGUUUCAGCUUGGUUUAUUAUCAUCUUGUUUGCAUAUAUGUGGCUCAAGAAGAAGAAAAAGAGAAGCAUGAGGAACAAAUGGAGUGAAAGAUUGCGCGAUACAAUUGACGAUGCAUACCAUAAGGUUAAUUUAGCGGCAAAUGAAGUUGGAGGCAGCAUAAAUCAUCCAGACAUAGCAUUUUUUGAUUUCAAUAUAAUAAUUGAUGCAACUAACAAUUUUUCUUCUGCUAAUAAGCUAGGACAAGGUGGUUUUGGCUUGGUUUAUAAGGGUCAGCUUUCUAAUGGGCAGGAGAUUGCUGUGAAACGGCUAUCCAAAAACUCAAGCCAAGGAAUAGAAGAAUUUAAAAAUGAAGUUAUAUUGAUCGCAAAGCUUCAACACAAAAAUCUUGUGAAACUGCUAGGAUGUUGCAUUCAGGCAGAAGAGCUAAUGUUAAUUUAUGAAUACUUGCCAAACAAAAGCUUGGAUUCAUUGCUUUUUGAUGAAUCAAGGUCAAUCUUGGAUUGGGGAAGACGCUUUAACAUCAUCAUUGGGAUUGCUCGUGGAAUAUUAUACAUUCACCAAGACUCCAGAUUACAAAUUAUCCAUAGGGAUUUAAAAACUAGCAACAUUUUGCUGGAUGCAGAAAUGAACCCAAAGAUUUCAGAUUUUGGCCUAGCUAGAAUCUUUGAAAGAGACCAAAUUCAAGAGAAGACAAAAAGAAUUGUUGGAACACUUGGCUACAUGUCUCCAGAAUAUGUGGUAUUCGGAAAAUUUUCAACAAAAUCUGACGUAUUCAGUUUUGGAGUUAUAUUAUUCGAGAUUAUUACGGGAAAGAAGAGCAAUGGUUUUUGUCAAGAGGGUUGGAACCUAAGCUUGAUAGGCUAUAUAUGGCAAUUAUGGAGAGAAGAGAGACCACUGGAGAUAAUUGAUUCAUCCCUAAAGGAGUCAUAUCCAACUCAUGAAAUAUUGAGAUGCAUUCAAAUUGGGCUUUUAUGUGUGCAAGAAGAUGCAAUGGACAGGCCAACCAUGUCAGCAGUGCUUUUAAUGUUGAAUAGUGAAAUUACUCUUCCUUCUCCUAAACAACCUGCAUUUGUUUUUAUAAAGUCUAGCAAUAAUUCUUGCAAAGCAGUAGCAGAACAAUUUGGCUCAGUGAAUGAGUUGACAAUUAGUGAGGUUGUAAGUCGCUAAAUAUACUAGAGAUAGAUUGUACAUAGUAUUUGAUAAAAUAAUACAGCAACUAAACCUUAAUAUCAAAUAAUUUUGGUAUGC